AUGACAUUUUCCGCAACUCCCUCCAAGCCUUUCCAGGUGACCACGAGAGGAGAAGAGAACUUGCUACCUCAAGCCAGAGAAACCGGUCAAGUGGUUCCAGAGAUACCCUCCGGCAAUGCACCUUCGGUGACCAAAGACGGGCCCGUGGCUAAGCCGUGGGCCCAUUUUGUGGCAGGCGGUCUUGGUGGGAUGACCGCAGCUGCCUUAACCUCUCCUCUCGAUGUCCUAAAGACACGACUACAAUCCGACUUCUACCAAACACAGUUGAAAACCCUCCACGCCCAACACCCGUUGCCACAAAAGACCACCCUCCUCUCUCUCCCCCGAAGUGCAUAUUUCCACUUGGCCGAGACUGUACAAAUCCUACGAUCUAUACACCAGCAUGAAGGGUUCCGGGCUCUUUUCCGCGGGCUAGGUGCGAACUUAGUCGGCGUCGUUCCCGCACGAAGCAUUAAUUUCUACGUCUACGGUAAUGGCAAGAGGAUACUGAGUGAUUACUUCAAUCCGGAAGGUCGUGAGAAUGUUUGGAGCAUUCAUCUUGUGGCGGCAGCCACGGCGGGCAUCGUCACAGGCACUGCCACGAACCCGAUCUGGCUGGUCAAGACGAGGUUGCAACUGGACAAGAACAAUGCGAGCCACGAUCCGACCCGUGGACGCCAAUACAAGAACAGCUGGGACUGUAUCAAGCAGACCGUCCGACAUGAGGGGAUCAGGGGACUCUAUCGCGGCCUGACAGCUUCGUAUCUUGGAGUCACCGAAUCGACGCUACAAUGGGUCAUGUACGAACGAAUGAAGCUAGCCCUCGCGAGGCGCGAAGCCAAAAGACUGGCCACUCCAGGUUACCAACAGACAUGGCUCGAUAAUACCGAGGAAUGGGCUGGCAAAUUCACCGCCGCUGCAGGGGCUAAACUCGUCGCUGCUGUCAUUACAUAUCCACACGAAGUGGUCAGGACGCGGUUAAGACAGGCGCCGACGAUCACCACGGACACCGGCAAAGUUACCGUGAAAUACACUGGGCUCAUCCAGUGCUUCAAAGUGGUGGCCAGGGAGGAAGGUCUAGCAGGGCUAUAUGGAGGCAUGACACCGCAUUUACUGAGGGUCGUACCCAGCGCGGCCAUCAUGUUUGGAAUGUAA